AUGGCCCUUCAGUGCCUCCUGGAUCAAGAUGGAGGCCUGGGGAGAUUCCAGAUCCUUCAGAUAAUUUUCCUUUGUAUCUCCAGCCUCAUAGUGAAAACUCAUAUUUUAUUGGAGAACUUCACUGCAGCCAUCCCUGGUCACUGCUGCUGGGUCCACAUCCUUCACAAUGACACGGUCUCUGCUAACAGCACUGGGAUCUUCAGCCAAGAGGUACUCCUGAGAAUCUCCAUCCCACUGGACUCAAACACGAAGCCAGAGAAAUGCCAUCGCUUCAUCCAUCCCCAGGGGCAGUUCCUUCACCUGAAUGGUACCUUCUGCAACACGAGUGGGCCAGACAUAGAGCCCUGUGUGGAAGGCUGGGUGGAUGACCAAAGCUUAUUCCCUGUCACCAUUGUGAUUGAGUGGGAACUGAUAUGUGAAUCUCAGUCAUGAAAAUCAGUGGCCCAAUUCCUAUUUAUAGCUGGGGCACUGAGUUAG